CUCCGUCUUCCACCACCCACCGUCGUCCUCUUUUUCCCGCUUGUCACCGUUUUUUUCUGUCGCGCACAAGGAGAUGAGGAGAUGACCAGAGGAGGAUAUACGCUCCUGCCCCGCUCGCGCGAACCGAGCCAAACCCGCGGCGACCGCGACCCUUCUUCGCCGUCGGAUCCAACUGGCCCGCGCCUCGACGAUGCGGACGCGCUGCUGCGUCCGGAGCUCUAUGUCAACGUUCACGGACUGGACGACAUCGAGGACGGCGACGAGGACGACGAGCUGUUGGAGGGCGACGACGAGGCGGAGCCCGAUCCGGACGCGCAAGCGGGCGUCAUCACGAUCGAGGCGACCGAGCACGUCUACGGCCGCUUCUCGAAAUGGUGCCUUUUCGUCGGUCUGGCGCUGGCGUCGUACAUCUACUCGCUCGACGCCAGCACGACCUAUUCCUACCUCAACUUUGCCACCUCCGCCUUUGGCGGGCACGCGCUCAUCUCCGCGAUCCAGGUCGCGCAGUCUAUCAUCCUCGCAGUCGGUAAACCCGUCAUCGCCAAGGUCGCCGAUGUCUCCUCUCGCGGGAAGGCCUAUGUCGUCGUUCUUUGCUUCUAUGUCGUGGGCUACCUCGUCAUCGCGACGGCGACGCACAUCGCCUUCGUCGCAGCUGGCAUCCUUAUCUACGCUGUUGGUUACACCGGGCUCCAACUCCUCACCUCGAUCAUCAUCGCCGACAUCACCCCCCUCUCCGCCCGUGGCCUCGUCUCCGCGCUCGCGACCGCGCCCUUCAUCCUCAACGCCUUCGUCGGCGCGAACAUCUCCAGCGCGGUACUGAACAGCAUCGGCUGGCGAUGGGGAUACGCGAUGUUCGCCAUCCUCGUCCCGCUCGCGCUCUCUCCCCUCGUGCUCACGCUGCUGUGGGCGGAACGCAAGGCGAAGAAACGCGGCCUGGUCGAUCCCGCGCUCGGCGUCGGCUCUUCGCCGCUGCACCGCCGCCCGCCUUCGUUGCCCUCGCUCCGCACGAUCAAGCCCAGCAAGCUGCAGACGUUCGUCACCGCGAGCGAGCAGCUCGACCUCGUCGGACUGACGCUGCUCGGGAGCGCCGUGGCGCUCAUCCUCGUUCCGCUCACGCUCAGCGAGCGUCUGGACGGGGGAUGGAGGGACCCUCGGAUACCGCUGAUGUUGCUGGCCGGCGUGGCGUGUCUGGGGUUCUUCGGAUACUGGGACUUUACGCACGCGACGUAUCCGGUCGUCGCCAAGCGGUUUGUCAGAAACAGGACGGUCGUGAUCACCACGCUCGUCGGCGCGUUCGAUUUCAUGGCAUUUUACGUCACGCAGACGUACCUCUUUUCGUUCAUCCUCGUCGUCAAGUCUUGGUCGCUCAGGAGCACGACGUACUUUACGCAGAUCCAGGUCGUCUCCCUCAGCGUCUUCGCGAUCAUGGGGGGCGUGGUGAUGCAAAGAGUAAGGGGAUAUAAGAGAACGCUCAUCGUCGGCUUAUUCACUAGGGUCGCUGGCGUGAUCCUGAUGAUCCACUCCCGUCGUCGCGGCGCGUCCGCCCCCGAGCUCGUGCUCACGCAGAUACUCCAAGGCGGAGGCGGAGGGCUCGCAAGCGUAGCGAGCCAGGUCGGGUCGCAGGCGAGCGUGAGCCACGCGGACGUCGCGGUGGUGAUCGCGCUCGUGCUGCUCGUGACGGAGAUCGGGGCAGCGACGGGCGGUGCGAUCGCUGGGGCGAUAUGGUCGACGACGAUGCCGAGCGCGCUGGAGAGGCAUUUGCCCGGCGUGGACGCCAAGCUGCGCAAGGAGCUGUUCGGGAGUAUCGAGAACGCGACCAAGUACCCGCAUGGAAGCCACAUCAGGGAGGGUGUCGUCCUAGCUUACGACGACACGAUGAAGGUGAUGGUCCUCGUCGCGACGGUCAUUUCGAUCAUCCCGCUCGCGCUCGCCUUCUUCCUCCCGGAGUGGUACCUCGGAAACAAACAGAGCGCGGUCGAUCAUGUCCGCACGCCGAACUACGGCGCGAUGGACGACGAAGACGAGGAGGAAGGCGGAGGCGGGAUUUAUCCGGAAGGAGGGAGCAGGGCAAGGAGCGGGAGUCGGAUGGGGAGGGGGAGCUUGAGGAGUCCGCAUGGGAGAGGGAGAGGCGGUUCAAGGACGUGGGAGGGGUGGAGGGGUGAUCGGACGUUGAGUCGAUGACGAUGCUUCGCUCGAGGACGGAUGCACGCUCAAGCGCAGGAUAGAAGCGCAAAUUUUCUUUAUAUGCUUGAUGGAUCACAUGUACAACGGAUAUUAUACCCAUUGUCAUAUUCCCUGUUUG